GAGGAAGAGAGCAGUCAGAGAGGGAGUCCCAUGAGCAGAUGUGAUCCCUGAGUUCGCAGACAUGCAUUUUGUGGGAAGGUCGUGGCUGCUGCUGACAGGCUUCAUCCUCUUCUAUGUCAUCUACCUGCUAUUCGGAGCCCUGGUGUUCUCCAGCAUCGAGCGGCCGAUGGAGGACCGGAUGCGCACCGAGCUGGAAGUCCUGAAGCAGGAGUUCCUGAACCUGAGCUGCGUUAGUGACGCGGCGCUGGAACGCUUUCUGCUCAAAGUGCUGGCGGCCAACAAGUACGGCGUCUCCGUGCUCAGAAACGCCUCCACCACCUCCAACUGGGACCUGGCUUCCUCCAUGUUCUUCGCCAACACUCUGGUCACCACUGUCGGUUAUGGUCACACCACUCCUCUGUCAGACACUGGUAAAGCGUUCUCCAUCCUCUACGCCCUGAUCGGGGUCCCCUUCACCAUGCUGGUGCUCACGGCUUGCGUGCAGAGGAUCAUGUUCCCCCUGGUGCUCGCCCCCGUCGGGCUGCUGCAGCGCUCCGGCCUGGAGCCUCGGCCUGCCACCAUCGUCCACUUCCUGUUGCUGCUGAUCCUGGUGGUGAUGUGUUUCUUCGUGGCGCCGGCGGCCGUGUUCAGUGCGGUGGAGCUGUCUUGGUCCUUCCUGGAUGGAAUCUACUUCUGCUUCAUCUCGCUGUGCACUAUCGGACUGGGAGAUUUUGUCCCGGGAACGCAGCCCAAUCAGCAGUACAGGUCGCUGUACCAGGUCGCUGUCAUGGGUGAGUGCAGUUGUUAAUAUAUCCUUCCUACAUCAGAAAUUGUGUUCGUCCAUUUACACAACUAUAAUCCAGCCAAACUGUAGAUAUUAUUAUAAAACGGUACAGGAACAGACUUAACCAAAGAACAUCGAAAUUGUUACAACGUCAUUUUCGGCCACUAGGGGCUCUCAAUCUUACAAUAACAAGAGUUGUUUUGGUGUCGUAAGGUAGUGUGGGAUUGUCAAAGUUUGUCAUUGCAGUCUGCUCUCAGUUAGGAUUACGUAAUUGUUCAUGGUUUGGGAGGUUUUUAGCAAUUGCCACAUUUUCCGUAGAGGUCUCCUCUUUAAUGAGUCCACAAACUGACCAGCAGAUUCAAUAAAAAAAAAAA